GGAAAGAAGGACGAGGGGUUUAGUGCCUUGGCGCGAGCCCGACAACUCGAAAGUCUGGAAUUCCAACCAACAGAUCAGUGCCGGCGUUCGUGCGACGCGGGUCUCGAGUUACAUAAGUUUUCAUUGUUUAUGUGCGCGAGAGUUGAAGACGGUGGAGAUCUUUUCUUCUUUACCGUAUCAUCGGAGUAGGUGGUUUUGGAGGGUGUGAUAAAAAUUGACUAUGAAAAUUAAAUGGAAAAAUAGUAAUUGAUUAAUUACAAUGCGAUUAGUGAAGACUGUGGUGAUAAGUGGGAGAUUAUUGUGACGUAUAGAUUAACUUUUGAAAGAACUGUGUCACUAGUGAAUUAAUAACCGUUGUUACUUGAUUCAGUUUGUGUACAAACGCUGAGCUGGGAUUGAUCACGAUAAUGUAAUCGGUCGAUCAAUCCAGCUUUCUAUUUUAGUUUGUUAUAUUUAUUUUAACUCAUUAAAUUUUAUAUUUAUUGUUAAAGUCAAUUCGGCUUAUCCGCCAACCGCGCAAUCGCAAGAAAAUUACGCCGGGUGUUGAAAAACACGCGGAGUUGAGAAUGAUGCCGUCCUCGUUGGCUGGAAACAUCCCCCGAUUAAACGCGGCGUCAUUGUUCGGGACUUUUAUUAAAAAGAAUCAUUCGGUCAUAUGAUCAAUGUAGAACGUGAAUUUCUUGUAUUUUUAGUUUGAUUUUUAUUUUAUUUCUUGAUUUAUUGGCGCGGGAAUAUCGCCAAACAGUCAACUGUGACUUGUGAUAUAUAUUAUUAAUGUGCUCCAAAAUAUAAACAAUAACGUGCUCCGUUUCUAAGAUCUAAAGAGCGCCGGUUGGCGCGUUUAAAAUUGAUAUAUUAAUUUGGAAAACUGUUUACAUUAUAAAAGACAGAAAGUGAGAAAGUACAACGUGUGUGUCAAUUUGUGGAUAAUAUUUAUGGUUUAAUAACAUAAAUUAUUAUUUAAAAUCGCGGUGUAUAUGCGAUUCAAUAAAGUUCGAUCAGACAAUAUGAGUGAAAUGACGAGUGUUGAACAGCAACAGCAGCAGCAAUACGGCGGUGGAGGAUCCAAUCCUGAGCAUCAUUGCAAAGAUUGUGGAUUAUAUUUUGAGAGCGGCAAAAGUCUUGAAGUACACCUGCGGUAUCAUCAAGAAAACCUGCUGAGUCAGUGGGCCAGUCAAGCCCAGCAGGAGGAGAGUAACAAUAACAAUAGUAAAGCUGGUAACCACAAUAGUCACGUGGGUCAAAAACGCGAAAGUGUGACCGCACCUGCAGAUUCAAGUGAAUCUUUAUCACAAACGCCGUCUCUGAGUCCAUCAACAUCUCAACAGCAGCAGCAGCAACAGCAGCAGCAAUCACAACAACAGCAACCGGCACAACCACCCGUGUCAUCCCAACAGCAGCCACCACCCGGCGCGCAAGGUUACAAUCACUUUCAAACACCGAUGUUCAGUGAAACGAGCUACUUCAUGCAUAACGAGCAAGCUUACCUGCUGCCACAUCAUUAUUCACCCACCCACGAUGAUACUACAAACAACGGUGGCAGUAAUUAUGCUGCAAGGUAUCAUCCUUACCAACAUCAACAGCAUUUCUCAAAUGAACGAGCCAACUCUGUGAGUUCGACGAGUCCAAGAAGUCCUUUGCAAUGUGAUAAAUGUGGAGGAGUGUUUGAUGAUGCAAAUCAGCUUUCUGAACAUGUUAGAGCUAAUCAUCCUACGUCACCAAAUACAUAUCCAGCACAAUAUCAACAACUUGGUGGUAGUCCACAGCAUUCUCAACAACAACAACAGCCACCGCAACCCCCACAUCAAGUGCAUACUUCACCUCCUCAUAAUAAUCCACCAUCUCAGCCACCUUCUCAGCAACAAAAUUUUGAUUAUAAUACAACUGGUGCCAUCAUUAAACAAGAAACAAAGCAAGAGCAAGAAGAACAAGCUGAAAUUCUUGAUCUUGAUUCUCACAAAGUGCAAACUCACAGAUAUGAAGAUGAAAUAGUAAGGAUUCAUCAGCAUCAUCAAGACAUGCACAUGCAACUUCAUCAACAACAGCAGCAAGCUAUUCAACAGCAGAGGAAUGCAUCUCAUUCGGUGAGUUCUAUGUUAGGCUGGCCUCCAGCACAACCUCAUGAUUAUCAUCCCGGAAUGUCACCUAUGGGUCCUAUGGGCAAUGUAUCACCAAUACCAGAACAAACUCCAUUCAUGCGUGGUCAACACAUACCUGUAGAAUCACCUCGACAUUCUGGAUCUCCAAUAAUUACGAGUACUCAGCCUAUACCCGGUCAUCCAAUGCCAACGAGCAUACUUCAACAGCCAACGAAGCCACCAUUAAUAUCAAAUCAAUCGUGGAAGAGUAACGAAGCGCGGAGACCAAAGACCUACAACUGUACUGCAUGCAACAAGUGGUUCACUAGCUCAGGCCAUUUAAAGCGGCAUUACAACACAACGUUACAUAAAAACGCUGUGAAACAAAGUAAUCAACCAGAUCCAGCGAAUAUGCCAAUUAGUGCUCAUCAUCACCCGGGUCGAGAUGCUAAUAAUAUAACGCAUUCUACUCGAGGAGGAGGAACUGCUGGGGGAACAGGGAGUGCAUCAAGAUCUCCAGAACUAUCUUCUUCAGGGAGUCCCCCAAACUUGAUGGCAGGUCCCUCGGGAGAGGCAGCGAGGGGCCUGCUCAACACGCCUACCAAUCUAUACACCACCAACAACCAUCAUUCCAACAGCAACAGCAGCGACUCUUCGGUAACAGUGUGCCUCCAACAUCAACAACAACACCCGGCAUCCCAACAGCCGGUACCUACAACGGUGCACAUGGGUCAAUCAAUGGUGAACAUCAAUUCUCCGGUCCAAUCUCCAAUGGGGGGCCACCACCAUCAUCAACAAGGUUCCCCAUCGUCCCAGUUGGCACAACACCACCUAUCAAUGGGUUCGCCGUCACCAAUAUCGGUCCACCAUCCCAUGACUUCACCCAUGUCACCCAUGCAUCCGCCUCCACCACACCAGCAUCUGAGUUCGCCUUCUCAAAUGGCGUCCCAUCACAUGAAUUCGCCGUCACCCAUGAUGCCGGGGAUGCCGCCAAUGGCUUCGCCUCCAAUGGGGGGUACUUCAAUGCCUCAUCAGCCGUACCCAAACGCCUUGCCCCCCCACGUUACAACUACUACCAGCCUGGGCCUGCUGGGCUCUAUCACCAACCAGCUAACUAUUAUUGGUGAACACAAAAGUGAACAUCAUCAGCAGACUCAGGAAAUGUUACCCGGUUUUGGGACAUUCAGCAACCAUCAGAGAUCCUUACCGAGCUUUGCUCAGUUCGGUAUAACCGAGUUUUUAGUAGGCCACAAUCAACCUCAGGCUGUUAACGUGGGGGGGCUAAGCCCAGAGGAAGGAAUUCCUCAAGACAGAAAUUACAACGUUGACGAAAGUUAUACUUCAUUUAGUCCAUCUUCAAGAUAUGAAUCCUUGGCAAACAUCAAUAGUCAAGAACUUCAUCAUACAGAAACUACUAAUGGAAUCAUUAAACAAUAUGAAAUUAUUCAACGUCAUUCAUUCCUAAGAGAUAAUCGUCAACCAGAGACAAACAAUAACUUACCUCAUCAUCAAGGUAAAGAAGAGAUUAAUCCUAAUGUUGGCAAGAACGAUAAUAAUGAUGGAACUGGAAAGAAAUCGCCUCUUACUACCAAGGAACAUCAAGUGACCAGUACCGGUUCACAUUACAUCUCACAAGAUGGUUUUCACAAGUGCAUCAAGUGUAACAAAGUAUUUAAUAAAGCUUGCUACUUGACCCAACACAAUAAAAGCUUCCACUCUGGUGACAAGCCGUUCAAAUGCAAUCAGUGCGGCAAGCGGUUUCCCCUUGAGUACCUGCACGCCGAGCACCUGCAAAAGCACGCAGGCGACAAGCCAUACAAAUGCGAGAUCUGUCCAAAGCAGUUCAACCACAAGACAGACCUUAGACGGCACAUGUGCCUCCACACCGGCGAAAAGCCUUACGCCUGUGAUACUUGCGGAAAGGGUUUUAUCAGAAAGGACCACAUGAUGAAACACCUCGAUACGCACAAAAAGAAGUCCAAUAACCAGAAUCUUCACCUAAGGGCAUAAUAAAGGAUCAUCAAGAUGUCGAUGUACUCACCCGCUUCGUCGACUUGGAGAUCAUCAUUCCCAUAGGUAACAAUUAGUCUCUUACAACA